GGAACAUGAACUUCAGCCACCUACCCGCCGCCUAGUUACUCAUACAACCACAAGAAAAUGAAGAAUCUUCUCAGAGGCGCAAUUCCGCAAUCAGCAGAGUCCGCCAGCCAUGGACUGCACGUGCUCGUUGACAAGGACCCAGAUGGCGAGGGCGUUGUAGAUGUCGUGGCGGUCCACGGCCUAAACGGGCACUAUGAAGGGACAUGGACCACAGCACUCCAUGACCGCACCCAGAUAAACUGGUUGAAGGACAUGUUGCCCAAGAUUGGGGGUAUCAAGCCCGUUAGGGUCAUGUCAUUCUCAUACAACUCGUCUGUUCAGUUCAGCAAGUCGACCUCCGACGUUUUCGUAUUCGCAGACCAGCUCCUCGAACAUUUACUGGCAAAACGGGCGCAUUCUGGAGAGACGAGGCGCCCCAUUGUUUUCAUAUGUCAUAGCCUGGGUGGGAUUGUGGUCAAGCAGGCAGUGAACAGAGCAGCAGAGAAUCACAGGUACAAAGAUGUCAUUUUGGAUCAUGUGCAGGGCAUCUGCUUCUUUGGAACUCCACACAGAGGCUCGGAGCUGGCACCAUGGGGCUCGACCGUCAGCAGGAUCUUGAGAGCGGGAGUCAUGGGAAGCCAUACGAACUCACAAUUAACCAAGGAUCUUGAACGAAAGUCUCACAUGUUGAGCCAAAUCUCAAAGUCCUUCCUUCAGCACGGUCGCAGGCUGAAGAUUGUGAGCUUCACCGAGACAGAGAAAUUGGACUGGCUGAACUGCCUAGUGGUCGACCCGGACUCUGCAACUCUGGCAUGGCCAGGCGAGAUUGUGGUUCCCAUUGAUGGGAACCACCGCAACAUAUGCAGGUUCAUCGGCCCCAAAGACCCAAAAUUUGCUCCAGUCGAGUCACAGAUUAAGCAAAUGAUUGGAAAGAAAGCUUCUACCGUUAUCACUGGUAAUGUGAUCGGAUCCGGGGAAAUUAUGACAGCGCUUUGGUCCAACUAUGAGUCCCAUAAGGCUCGAAAUCCCACUGCGGUCUUCGGAACCUGCUCGUGGAUCCUGAGACAUCCAAAGAUGCAGGCGUGGGAAAAGAGUCCACACCGCUCGCUUCUAUGGCACUCAGCGAACGCCGGCUGCGGGAAGUCUGUGAUGGCAUCUUUCCUAAUCGAUCACUUCAAGAGAAACGCUAAAACAGAUACCGAUGUCUGUUACUUCUUCUUCAAGGACGACAGCAUGGAGCAGAGCAAUGCCGUAAUUGGCGUUUCGGCUUUCUUGCACCAGCUUUACUCGGCCCAUCCGGAGCUUACGAGUCUCGCACGCAAGCAGUUAAAUGGCCUAGACGAAUGUGACGAAACUUCUCGAAAGCAACUGAUGGCUCUGAUGGCGGAGUACUUCAAACGGUCUGCCGGAGAGCCAGAAGCCCGGAAUCUGAAGAUUUUGGUGCUCAGUCGGCCUGAUAAUUCCAUCCAGAUGAUGUUUGAUAGGCAAGCACCGAAAAUGAGGAGCGCAGCGGCUUCCGGCGAAAUCUCUAGGUACAACAUGAUGCGGCUCCGUGGAGAAGAUGAGACGAACGCUAUUAGCCAGGACAUCGAACUGGUGGCUCAGGAUGCCAUGCAAGACCUGGCUGAUAGAGGAAUACCCGAAGAUUUCCUCGUGGAAAUCGAGAGAGAACUCGUGAGCCGAGCCGACCGCACAUUCUUGUGGACUGCCUUGAUCAUUCAGCUUCUCAAAGACAAAGCAGUCGAGGGAGCUUCGAGGAGAGAGAUGAAUGCCAUACUCCGUAGCCGAAGCGUCUACUCUAUCUACACGGCUUUGCUUGAUUCCAAGACUGGCAACACACCCCAUAUCAAGCGGAAAGCCAGGAAGAUGUUGAGCCUGAUACUCGCGGCAAUGCGGCCGCUUACUGUCGAAGAGGUGAACAUCGCCCUGGCAGUCAAACCCGACCUCGACGCCUUGACUGUGUCGAAAUCCAGGCCCAAACCCAGCAAGAGAACAUUCCACAGUGUCGAAUACGAGCUGGUAUACCCGCCAGAGAACCACAUCAAGUCCCUCUGCGGGCACUUUGUCCGGAUUAUCCAGGGAAGAGUUUACCUAGUUCAUCAAACAGCGAGAGAGUUUCUCCUGGAUCAAUCAUCCAUAAGGGGCUUGUUUGAAAUCUCGCCAGACUUCAACGAUGACGACUCGGACGGAGGGCUGUGGGACUGCUCUCUCUCAGACUCCGACACAGAGCAAUAUGAACCUUCUACAACGGAUUCUGUUCUUACCGAAAGCACAAAGGCUGCAACACUUGAAAGUGACCACGCAGCCGAGCCCGACUGGCAACAUAGCUUCUCCCUGGAACGCUGCCAUGCUUCGCUUCUGGAGAUCUGCACGACCUAUCUUUACAUGCUUGGCAAGCCAUGCAACGAUACUGCACUCGGGCAGCCUGCGGAGAAGGUGGCCCUCUUCCUUGCAUAUGCCGCAAGCUACUGGGUGGUGCACUUUCACCAAGUGUGCGAGAGGAUCCUGCCUGCAGACCUCUCCUACUACCACGGCCUGUGCCAUCCACGCUUUCCAGGAUUCACCACCUGGCUUGAGGCUUAUGAUGGCGAAGGCCGGCAGCCGAUUUUCGCCUCGGGCUCGGUGGACGAGCAGCAGGACAUGAUUAUUGAAAAGUUCGCGCUCGAGCCGGGGCAUCCUAGGUUCGGCAAAGAAUUCACGACAGAGGUCGACUUGACGCGGAUAUUCGCGGCGGGGGAGAGUCAUCGCCAGAUCCUUUCGUGCAAUCCAUCGCAGGCGCAGAACCUCAAUUUUCCUGUCAAGGUGGACGAGACAGGAGUCGUCAAGCUAGACUUUGAGCUUGUUGGGAAAGCCGUUAUAGGUCGUGAAUGAUCACUGAUCCAUCCUUUCAAUCAAUCUGUUUCGUCUUAUGCAGUAAUGGUGCGUUGAAUUUUUAAGGAGGCAAUCGCAUAGCAAAAGGACAGACUGAGGCAGGGCAGUCUUCUGAACAAUCCACACAUGACUCCAGUACAGCAAAUUCCGGACGCUGCUGAUGGCAUCCCAUACUGGACCAUGUGCCUGAGUGUAGAGCUCAAACAUAUUCUUUAGCCAGCUCAGGCCCACUGUUCAUGAGAACCUCAUGUAUGGCAUAGCAUGUCCUAAAAAGCAAGCUUAAUGGUACUGCUGUUGUCUGCCACCGAAAUAGACACAGCUUCAGCCUCAAAUACAUAUGAUAUAGC